AAAGCUAGUUCCUGAAGUGAGGGACAUGCUGGUAUAGCACAAGUAGGUCGAUCCCGUGCUCAUGAGAACGCUGCUCUCGGUAUGCCGAAUACUGCCACUGCUCAGCAAACAGAGGUGAAAGAAGCCCUACCCGGCAACGUCUUGAAUAAAUGAGACGUGCAAAGAACAAAGAAGGACAGUUGCUUUGCUCCGGAAAAGACUAAUUUUCUUAGCCUAGUGUUUGCGUUCUCUGGCACCGCUACAAGAUGGCUACGUCUAGGCAAUGGCUUCUCCUGUCCAUGCUCGUCUUGGCCUCCUUCCUGGCACCAACAGAGGGCCGUGGCGUGCGCAAAGCUGAACACGCUAAGGAAAUCCUGAGCCGUGGCAGUCAAGGCCUGAUGGGUAGAGUAUCGAAACGAAGUGCACAAGAAAACCGUGUGCUCUAUCCGGACGGAGCCAAGGUGCUGGAUAUGGAAAACAUAAUAGACCUUGCAGUCGUCGCCGCUCCCGACAAUGCCGCCGCCGCCGCCGCCGUCCACUCUGCUGUGAAUGUGCCUUUCCAUGCCGUGACGUCCCAGGAGGCCCAAAUCUUCCUGAAUGCACACAACACAGCCCGGCGUGACGUUCAGCCACCGCCCUGCAAGCCUCUGCCGGAGAUGAGCUGGGAUAGCACGCUGGCCCGCGUGGCACAGGACUAUGCCGACAAGUGCCGCUGGGCUCACAAUCCAGAUCCGGCUAGCGAUGCCGGCGGCGAGUUCUCCUCUGUGGGCGAAAACUUGUUCAUAUCGACGAGUAUCAAGCCAGAUUUUGAAAGCGCUGUAAAAGCCUGGGUGUCCGAAAAGGUGGACUAUGACUACGACACGAACUCAUGCAGACCUGGCAAGGUGUGUGGUCAUUAUACCCAAGUCGUAUGGGACAGCUCGGUCAAGGUAGGCUGCGGUGCGGCGGCGUGCGAUGCCCAGGACACCUACCAGUUCCCGUUCGACUCGGCCGUGUUCUCCAAAGCUCUCAUCGUCGUUUGCAACUACGCCCCGGCCGGCAAUUUCAUCAACCAGCGGCCGUACGAAGCGACCUGUCCUACCGUACCGCCCAUGGCCGCAGCGACCGGCACUGCAUUCAACGGCGCUCAGAUCGCCGACAUGCUUGCCGCGCACAACGAAAUCCGCUUGCAGGUCUCGCCCAAGGCAUGCCCAGCGCUCGCUCCCAUGGUCUGGGACGCCACGCUGGCCACCGUCGCGCAGAACUUUGCGGACACGUGCCGUUUUCAGGGCAAUCCGAACCGCGUGGCACAGACCAAUGGCAAAUAUGUGUCGGUUGGCGAAAAUCAACUGUUCAUCAUCGGCUCGUCGCCAGUGUAUGGAUGGGUGGCUCGUCACUGGGCGCAAGAAGCAGCUUACUACGAUUACUCCACUGAUACAUGCAGUGCCGGAAGGAGUUGCAGCCGCUACGAGCAGAUCGUCUGGUCGGCAAGCACCAAGGUGGGAUGCGGCAUCAAGGAGUGUACGCCGUCUAACUCGCCUUCGUACCCGUUCCCGCCCACCGACUAUCCAGCCGUCAAAGUGAUCGUCUGCAACUACGCUCCAUCUGCGUCGCCGGGGAUCAAGCCCUACACGGCUUGCUAGAUACUUCAUUCUGUGCAAUGUCCUACUUGCAACACUGCUCACAAGCCAUGCAUGGCAAUUUCGCGUGCGUUCUAGCAAGCUGUGCGUUUUUACCGGUGCUUUAAUUAGUUCCACUCGAAGUACAGGAUCAAGGCGCAGCUUGCUAAACCUUUGCUUUUUUUCACUUACUCCAUGGCUGACCUCCUGUAAGCAUAGCCAGUUCGAAAGUCUGCCCACCUCCUUUCUUCUCCUUCCUCUUUCUCAUGUUCUGUUACAUCAAGAGUAAAAUCAGCCUUAUUUA